AUGUUGAGGCAAGGCCUAGCAGUGCAGCAUGAGAAGGCACUUGCGGAGAAGUGGGACAUGCAGCCUUACACACGAGUCACCUUCGAUAUCCUUCGGCGACACGUCAAGUCCAGGAAGUUCAACAAAUACCAGAAAUUCUGUAUCAUGAACUGCGCAUGUGAUGGAGUAUGGACACGUCAUAAAGCGAAGGAGAAAGGAUACCUAACGGACGGCAAGUGCGAGUGUGGGGACGAGGACACGCUGGUGCAUAGGCUGGCGGAGUGCACUCGUCCAGAAGUCGUGGAAGCACGACAUGAAGCUGGAAUCCCCGAGUCGUUCCUUCAGGAGCUACGCCAAGCGCCAGAUGAUCGUGUCGUCACCCAAGGGGCUUUCGCAUAUCCUGAGUGGGAAAUUCCUGAACUGCAACUAGGCACUGGCAGCGUGAUUCUCGACGGUGAUGGCAACGAUUUCGAUUGCACGCCCGAGACCAUGGCUGCGACAGUGCUGGCUGAGACGGAUUUGGAGAUGGAGCUUUCUUUCGACGGGAGCUGCACGAAGCCAGAUAUCCUGGAGCUACAACGUGCUGGAUGGGCUAUCGCUUUAAUGGAUCCACAUUCGGACAAAGUACUAUGUACGAUGCACGCACCAGUGCCAGCUUCGCUUCCGCAAUCCUCGGCGAUGGCAGAGUAUUUAGCCUACGCGUACACAGGACAGGUGGCAGACCGACCUACCAACGGAUACGCGGACUUCAUGGGCACGGUCAGACUGGCGGCGCUCACGCACGAGCAGCAGUUACGGUCCAAGUCGGCAUACGCGUGCGUGGCCAUGUUUGCUCAGAGCCUUCCUGGAUUCCAUUUCCUCCGCAGUGUGACGCACGUGAAGGCACACCGUUCGGGAGCGGAGUAUGCUGGCCUGGAUGUGGCCACAAGGAGGAUCACAGAUGCCAAUGUCUAUGCGGACGUUCGAGCCAAAGCUGGUGCGGCGAUGCACGCAACCAUCAGCGAGGAUUUUGCGAUGGCUAUCGACACGGCCACUGUGAGGAUCAAACAUUUCGCGCAGUUGGUAGCGGCCGUGCUACCCUUGUUUGAUCGUGAUGGGCAAGAGCGGUGGACAAGGCGAGCUGCCCAAGUCAAGAGGGUAAGGAGUACGCGCACCGAUGGAUGGCACCAGUGGGAGGAAGGAGGUUUCGGUCUUCAAUGCAAGGCGUGCUUGAAGCUCAACAGCCCAGGGAUGGAAGUUAUGCUCAAUGGCUGCGCUGGCACCCCUACCUUCCUCAAGGCUUUCCUCAACCAACCACUCGGACAUCACCUCGUGGCGGUGAACCAGAAGGGUGACGGGCUCAGCGACGACGCGGUGCCCACGGUCUUUGCCUGCGUAGGCUGCGGUGCAUGGGCGCAACAACGUCGACGGCAGAAACUCCGAAGGCAGUGCAAGCCACCAACCAGACAAGGCAUAGAAGUUCUGACGAAUCUACGGCGGGGCUUAGGCCCACACAAGACGCUGGCGAGGCACAUGGACUUGACGAUCCCCCUGUGCAAGCUCAUGCCCAUGACCCUGCCCCCGCUGGUCUCGAAGACCUGUGUCAGCCGACCUGUGGCGUUGGCGGAGGUCACGGGGUACGAGCACAAGAUGGCAGCAAUGAUGGAAAGGAUAAAGGCAAAGGAAAAGGCAAAGCGCGAGCAGGACGAUGACAACAACACGAUACUCGGACGCACGCACAUCAGCGUCGCCAAGUCAAUGGAAUGCCCCCCGUGGUACAACAGCAUGGCGAUCACUUACCCGCAGCCGCUGAAGACGGAGUCGGUGAUGAUGACGGUGCACGCUGCAGCCAAGACGGAAAGGAGGCAGGAGCAGGGCCUCACCCGAGCAGCGAAGGUGGAAAGGAGGCAGGAGCAGGGCCUCAACCACAUGACGGAGACGUCGGUCUCGCCAGGGACCGCGUCGGAAAGGGGGCAGGAGCAGGGCCCCAGCCGAGCGGUCGCGGCGGAAAGGAGGCAGGAGCAGGGCCUCAACCGCAUGAUGGAGGUGCGCAGCAGAGAGGACGAGCAAG